ACGGCUGUGAGAUCCACAGUCCUGGUACUGGCUCUGCUGCAAGGGACAAGGGAAGGGUCCCCCCAAGAGUCCAGGGCUGCUGAGGGCUGCUUACCCUGCCUGAGACACUUCCUUUAUUGGGGUCGGGACUGAGCAGGUUCAGAGGUGUAGCAGCCACCACAAGCCACCACGCUCUCCAGCUUCCUGAAUGAUGCCAGCUCGAUGCGCCCUAACGACUGUUCUUGCUCUCCUGGUGCUGCUGGGCAGAGCCGGAGCAGGCCCUUUCUCUCCUCGGUCCAAUGUGACCCUCCCGGCCCCACGGCCCCCUCCCCAGCCAGGGGGCCCUUCUUCUCAGCUGUAUGAGCACACUGUGGAAGGAGGGGAGAAGCAGGUGGUAUUCACCCACCGCAUUAACCUGCCCACUUCCGCUGGCUGUGGCUGUCCCCCGGGCACUGAACCCCCGGUGCCUGCUUCUGAGGUGCAGGCCCUGAAGGUCCGGCUGGAGAUCCUGGAGGAGCUGGUGAAGGGGCUCAAGGAACACUGCUCAGGAGGGUGCUGUCCCACGGCUGCGCAGGCUGGCACGGGCCAGACCGACGUGCGCAGCCUCUGCAGCCUCCACGGUGUCUUCGACCUGAGCCGCUGCGCCUGCUCCUGCGAGCCUGGCUGGGGUGGACCCACCUGCUCAGACCCCACCGACGUUAGGACGCCUACCUCGUCCCCGCCCUCAACCUCCAAGACCUGUCCGGACGACUGCAAUGACCAGGGUCGCUGCGUCCGAGGCCGCUGCGUGUGCUUCCCCGGCUACAGCGGCCCCAGUUGUGGCUGGCCUUCUUGCCCCGGAGAUUGCCAGGGGCGCGGGCGCUGCGUGCAGGGUGUGUGUGUGUGUCGUGCUGGCUUCUCAGGCCCCGACUGCAGCCAGCGUUCCUGCCCUCGCAACUGCAACCAGAGAGGACGCUGCGAGGAAGGGCGCUGCGUGUGUGACCCUGGCUACUCUGGUGAGGACUGUGGGGUGCGAAGCUGUCCCCGGGACUGCAACCAGAAGGGUCGAUGCGAGAACGGACGCUGCAUUUGCAACCCCGGCUACUCUGGUGAGGACUGUGGGGUGCGGAACUGCCCUCGGGGCUGCAGCCAGAGGGGCCGCUGUGAGGACGGCCGCUGCGUGUGUGACCCCGGCUACAGCGGUGAAGACUGUGGCGUGCGGAGCUGCCCAUGGGACUGCGGCGAGGGAGGGCGCUGCGUGGACGGUCGCUGCGUGUGCUGGCCCGGGUACUCAGGCAAAGACUGCAGCACGCGGACAUGCCCGCGUGACUGUCAUGGCCGUGGCCGCUGCGAGGACGGGGAAUGCAUCUGUGAUGCGGGCUACAGCGGCGACGACUGCGGUGUGCGGAGCUGCCCCGGGGACUGCAACCAAAGGGGCCACUGCGAGGACGGCCGCUGCGUGUGCUGGCCCGGGUAUACAGGGGCGGACUGCAGCGCGCGCGCCUGCCCGAGGGACUGCAGGGGCCGAGGGCGCUGCGAGGAUGGCGUGUGCGUGUGCCACGCGGGCUACAGCGGCGAGGACUGCGGGGUGCGCAGCUGCCCCGGGGACUGUCGCGGCCGGGGAAGCUGCGAAAACGGCCGUUGUGUGUGCUGGCCCGGGUACACAGGCCGGGACUGCGGCACACGCGCCUGCCCUGGUGACUGUCGCGGGCGCGGGCGCUGCGUGGACGGCCGCUGCGUGUGCAAUGUGGGCUUCACUGGCGAGGACUGCGGGAGCCGUCGGUGCCCUGGGGACUGCCGCGGACAUGGCCACUGCGAGGACGGUGUGUGCGUGUGCGACGUAGGCUACACGGGUGACGACUGCAGCACACGCAGCUGUCCCGGCGGCUGCAGGGGCCGCGGCCGGUGCCUGGACGGGUUCUGCGUGUGCGAUGAUGGCUACACGGGCGAGGACUGUGGCGUGAGACGGUGCCCGCGCGACUGCAGCCAGCAGGGCGUGUGCCAGGAUGGCUUGUGCGUGUGCCACACAGGCUACGCGGGCGAAGACUGCAGCAUCCGUACCUGCCCGGCCGACUGCCACCGGCGCGGCCGCUGUGAGAAUGGGCGCUGUGUGUGCGACCCAGGCUACACCGGCCCCGCCUGCGCCACUCGCACCUGCCCAGCUGAUUGUCGUGGCCGUGGGCGCUGUGUGCAGGGUGUGUGCCUGUGCUACGCCGGCUACAGUGGUGAGGACUGUGGGCAAGAAGAGCCUCCUGCCAGCGCCUGCCCCGGGGGCUGUGGCCCACGGGAACUGUGCCGUGCAGGCCAAUGUGUGUGUGUCGAGGGCUUCCGAGGCCCAGACUGUGCCAUCCAGACAUGCCCAGGUGACUGUCGCGGCAGGGGAGAGUGUCUCCAGGGCAGAUGCGUCUGUCAAGAAGGCUAUGCUGGGGACGACUGUGGGGAAGAGGUGCCAGCCAUCCAGAACAUGAGGAUGCAUCUCCUGGAGGAGACGACGGUCCGGACAGAGUGGACCCGGGCUCCUGGUCCUGUGGAUGCCUAUGAAAUCCAGUUUAUCCCCACGACUGAGGGGGCGAGUCCACCAUUCACAGCUCGGGUGCCCAGCUCUGCCUCAGCCUAUGACCAGAGAGGACUGGCCCCUGGUCAGGACUACCAAGUCACCGUCCGUGCUCUACGAGGGACCAGCUGGGGUCCUCCUGCCUCUAAGACCAUCACUACCAUGAUAGACGGUCCUCAGGACCUCCGAGUGGUAGCCGUGACUCCGACCACUCUGGAUCUCAGCUGGCUGCGGCCCCAGGCUGAGGUGGACCGUUUUGUGGUGUCCUACGUCAGUGCCGGCAACCAAAGGGUGCGUCUGGAAGUUCCCCCUGAGGCAGACAGGACUCAGCUAACCGACCUGAUGCCAGGCGUGGAGUAUGUGGUGACUGUCACCGCAGAACGGGGCCGUGCGGUCAGCUACCCGGCUUCUAUCAGGGCAAACACAGCACCAGGCCACUACGGUUACCCGGAGGUGCACCCCCCAAACCCGCCCCCCAGCCCCCGUCCCCGGCCUCCGCGGCCCUCCUGGCCCUUGCGGCCCACAGAGGGGAUCGCGAAGGAGUGGCAUCCCCGGCCGAGCCUGUCCCAACCUCCCCGACGGCCGUGGGGUAACCUGACGGCUGAAUUGGGCCGCUUCCGCGGCACAGUACAGGACCUGGAGCGUCACCUGCGUGCCCACGGCUACCCACUGCGCGCCAACCAGACUUACGCGUCGGUGGCGCGCCACAUCCAUGAGUUCUUGAAGCGCCACCAGACAGCGGGUGCCCCGGCACCCAAGCCCCGUCACCCCCACCCCACCACUAGUCCUUCCCAAAGCACCAGGAACCGGGGAGAUGUGAACCCAGCGUCCGAUGAUGCGCACCUGGUGACCACAGCGCGUCACCCGAAGCCCGAGGUGCUGGGCAGUGCAGCCGACGGCGCCUUGAUCGUGUCCCUCGACGGGCUCCGGGGCCAGUUCGAGCGUGUGGUAUUGCGCUGGCGACCACUGCCACCCGCCAAGGGCCCCAGCGGGGAGCUGACUGUGGAUGGCUCAGAACGCACUGUUCGCUUACCCAACCUCAGGCCUGGCACUACUUACCACGUGGAGGUCCAUGGGGUGCGGGCAGGGCAGACUUCCAAAUCCUACGCCUUCAUCACCACCACAGGGUCCUUACCCUCUGGCCUCUUGGAGGCCACCGAUGAGCCUCCUCCCUCGGGCCCCUCUACUACCCAAGGGGCCCAGGCCCCUAUCCUGAUCAUGGAGCAUCACCCGCUGGGAGAGUUGAAGGUGCUGGGCAGAGACAAGGCAGGGCGCCUCCGUGUGGCCUGGACUGCCCAGCCCGACACCUUUGCCCACUUCCAGCUGCGCAUGCAGGUGGCCGAGGGGCCCUGGGCGUAUGAAGAACUGCUACCAGGAGACGCCCACCAGGCUCUGGUGCCCCCGCCCCCUCCCGGAGCCCCUUACAAGCUGUUCCUCCAUGGGAUCACCCCUGGGGGCAAGCCCUCUGUUCCCAUCACCUACCAAGGCAUUAUGGACAGGACUGAGGAGCAGCCUGGGAAGCCAUCGGUCCUACCGCGCCUGGGUGAGCUGACGGUGACAGACCUGACUUCUGACUCCCUGCUCCUGCACUGGACUGUCCCAGAGGGGGAGUUUGAGUCCUUUGUGAUUCAGUACAAGGACAAAGAUGGGCCCCAGGUGAUACCUGUGGAGGGACCCCAGCGCUCAGCACCCGUUACAUCCUUGGAACCGGGGCGCAAGUACAGAUUUGUUCUGUAUGGGCUCGUCGGCAAGAAGAGGCAUGGCCCUUUGGUGGCUGAAGCCAAGAUCUUGCCUCAGAGUGACCCCAACCCAGCAUCUCCACCCCGCCUGGGAGAGUUGUGGGUAACAGACCCCACCCCGGAUUCCCUGCACCUCUCUUGGACUGUUCCUGGGGGCCAGUUUGACUCCUUCAUGGUCCAGUACAGAGACAAGGAAGGACGGCCCCUUGUGGUGCCAGUGGAGGGGCCUGAGCGGUCAGCGGUGAUCUCCCCGCUGGAGCCCAGUCACAAGUACAGAUUCACUCUGUUUGGGAUUGCCAAUAAGAAGCGGUAUGGGCCCCUCACUGCCGAUGGCACUACCGCCCCAGACAUGAAAGAGGAGUCCUCUGAGCAGCCCCUCCUGGGGGAACUGACGGUGACUGGCGUGACCCCGGACUCCCUGCAUCUGUCCUGGACGGUGGCCCAGGGCCCCUUCGACUCCUUUGUGAUCCAAUACAAGGAUGCCCAGGGGCAGCCCCAGACUGUGCCCGUUGCGGGGGAUGAGAAUGAGGUCACUGUCCCUGGCCUGGAGUCCAACAGGAAGUAUAAGAUGAACCUCUACGGGCUUCGUGGCAGGCAGCGUGUGGGGCCCGUGUCUGUGGUGGCCAAAACGGCCCCACCACACAUUGUGGGUCAGCCCCCCAGCCCCCCAGAGCCCAGCACAGAGGCCCCAGAGCCCCUCAAGAAGCCGCGUCUAGGAGAGCUGACCGUGACAGACGCCACCCCUGACUCCCUGAGCCUCUCCUGGACAGUCCCCGAAGGACAGUUUGACCACUUCCUGAUCCAGUACAGGAACGGGGAUGGGCAGCCCAAGGUGGUGCGGGUGCCAGGGCACGAGGACCAGGUCACCAUCCCCGGCCUGGAGCCAGACCACAAGUACAAGAUGAACCUGUAUGGCAUCCACAGUGGCCAGCGUGUGGGCCCCGUGUCUGUUGUCGGGGUGACUGCUGCAGAGGAAGAGACCCCCAGCCCUACAGAGCCCAGCACAGAGGUCCCAGAGCCCCCUGAGGAGCCGCUCCUGGGAGACCUGACUGUCACAGCAUCGUCCCCAGACUCCCUGAGCCUCUCCUGGACCGUCCCCCAGGGAGACUUUGACUCCUUCAGUGUCCAGUACAAGGACAGUGAUGGGCGGCCCCAGGUGGUGCGUGUUGGGGGCCAGGAGAGGGAGGCCAUCGUGAGAGACCUGGAGCCUGGGCGCAAUUACAAGAUGAACUUGUAUGGACUCCAUGAUGGUCAGCGUGUGGGCCCCGUGUCCACCGUGGGCGUGACGGACUCGCGACCAGAAGAGCCCUCUCCGGCCAUCGAGCCUCCGCUUGAGCCCCGUCUGGAGGAGUUGACAGUGACGGGUGUGACCCCCAAUUCUGUGAGCCUCUCAUGGAUGGUCCCUGAUGGACAGUUCGACUCCUUCAUGGUCCAGUACAAGGACAGGGACGGGCAGCCCCAGGAGGUGCCUGUAGCUGCUGACCAGCGCGAGGUCACCAUCCUUGACUUGGAUCCUGCAAGAAAAUACAAGAUGAACUUCUACGGGCUCCAUGGCAGACGACGUGUGGGCCCCCUCUCUGUGUUGGCAAUGACAGACAUCCUCCCACCAGCCCCAGCUCCAGCCACUGAGACCACCAAGCUGGAGUCACUCUUGGGGGAGCUGGCAGUGACAGAUGUGACCCCCGAGUCUGUGGGCCUCGUGUGGACUGUCCCUGAGGGUGAAUUCGACUCCUUCGUGGUUCAGUACAAGGACAGGGAUGGCCAGUCCCAAGUGGUGCCUGUGGCAGCCGACCAACGGGAGGUCACCAUCCCCGGCCUGGAGCCCUCCCGCAAGUACAAGUUCCUGCUCUUUGGGGUCCAAGAUGGGAGACGGCACAGUCAGGUCUCUGUGGAAGCGAAGACAGCCGCCAGCCCAGGGGCCCUUCCACGCCUUGGGGAGCUGCGGGUGACAGACCCCACAACAGAUUCCCUGCGCCUGUCCUGGACAGUCCCCGAGGGCCACUUUGACUCUUUCGUGGUCCAGUUCAAGGACAAGGGUGGGCCUCGGUUGCUACCAGUACCAGGCCAAGAGCGCACGACCACCAUCACAGGCCUGGAUGCAGGCCGCAAGUACAGAUUCCUCCUCUAUGGGCUUCAGGGAAAGAAGCGCUUUGGCCCCCUCUCCACAGAGGGCACCACAGAGCCCAUGAAUACCGUGGACCACACUGGAGUAAAGUCCCCCUCAAAACCUCGCCUAGGGGAUGAACUACAGGUGACUAGUGUGACCCAAGACUCCGUGGACCUCUCCUGGACGGUCUCCGAGGGCCAGUUUGACUCCUUUGUCGUCCAGUACAAAGACAAGGACGGGCAGUCCCAGGUGGUGCCCGUGGAGGGCAGCCAUCGGGAGGUCAGGGUCUCUGGUCUAGACCCAGGCCGCAGGUACAAGCUGCUUCUCUAUGGCCUCCGAGAAGGCAAGCGUGUGGGUCCCCUUUCUGUCAUCGCUAUGACUGGCCCCAAAGAAACAACAGAAGCUUGGACAGAGGUCCCCACGACUUCAGCUCCCGCAAUUGUACCCCGCUUUGGAGAGCUGAGAGUGGAGGAGGCCACGCCUCACAGCCUGCAUCUCUCCUGGGUGUUGAUGGAAGGAGAAUUUAACUCCUUCGAGGUUCAGUACACUGACAGAGAUGGGCAACUCAAAGUGGUCAAUACAGAAGGUGACCAGAGUGACAUCACCCUUACUGGUCUGGAAUCUGACCACAGAUACCUGGUGACCCUGUAUGGUUUCCACGAUGGGCAGCGUGUGGGCCCUGCUCAAAUUGAGGCCCUGACAGUGCCUUGGGAGGAGGAGCCCACAGAACCACCCACCAUGACUCCCGAGCCUAAGCCACACCUCGGCGAGCUGACUGUGACAGACGCCACCCCUGACUCCCUGAGCCUCUCCUGGACAGUCCCCGAAGGACAGUUUGACCAUUUCUUGAUCCAGUACAUGAAUGGGGAUGGGCAGCCCAAGGUGGUGCGGGUGCCAGGGCAUGAGGACCAGGUCACCAUCCCCGGCCUGGAGCCAGACCACAAGUACAAGAUGAACCUGUAUGGCAUCCACAGUGGCCAGCGUGUGGGCCCCGUGUCUGCUGUCGGGGUGACAGCUGCAGAGGAAGAGACCCCCAGCCCCACAGAGCCCAGCACAGAGGUCCCAGAGCCCCCUGAGGAGCCGCUCCUGGGAGACCUGACUGUCACAGCAUCGUCCCCAGACUCCCUGAGCCUCUCCUGGACCGUCCCCCAGGGAGACUUUGACUCCUUCAGUGUCCAGUACAAGGACAGUGAUGGGCGGCCCCAGGUGGUGCGAGUUGGGGGCCAGGAGAGGGAGGCCAUCGUGAGAGACCUGGAGCCUGGGCGCAAAUACAAGAUGAACCUGUAUGGACUCCAUGAUGGUCAGCGUGUGGGCCCCGUGUCCACCGUGGGCGUGACGGGUGAGUACUCUAUUGAAGAACCUACUGAGACCUCGUCCCUGAAGCCCAGCCUGGGCAAGCUGACCGUGACAGACGCCACCCCUGACUCCCUGAGCCUCUCCUGGACAGUCCCCGAAGGACAGUUUGACCAAUUCGUGAUCCAGUACAAGAACGGGGAUGGGCAGCCCAAGGUGGUGCGGGUGCCAGGGCACGAGGACCAGGUCACCAUCCCCGGCCUGGAGCCAGACCACAAGUACAAGAUGAACCUGUAUGGCAUCCACAGUGGCCAGCGUGUGGGCCCCGUGUCUGCUGUCGGGGUGACAGCUGCAGAGGAAGAGACCCCCAGCCCCACAGAGCCCAGCACAGAGGCCCCAGAGCCCCCUGAGGAGCCGCUCCUGGGAGACCUGACUGUCACAGCAUCGUCCCCAGACUCCCUGAGCCUCUCCUGGACCGUCCCCCAGGGAGACUUUGACUCCUUCAGUGUCCAGUACAAGGACAGUGAUGGGCGGCCCCAGGUGGUGCGAGUUGGGGGCCAGGAGAGGGAGGCCAUCGUGAGAGACCUGGAGCCUGGGCGCAAAUACAAGAUGAACCUAUAUGGACUCCAUGAUGGUCAGCGUGUGGGCCCCGUGUCCACCGUGGGCGUGACAGAUCCAGAGGAGGAGACCAUGACCACACAGGCAGUGCCCACCACAACCCCUAAGAAACCCAUCCUGGGCAAGCUGACCGUGACAGACGCCACCCCUGACUCCCUGAGCCUCUCCUGGACAGUCCCUGAAGGACAUUUUGACCAUUUCGUGAUCCAGUACAAGAACGGGGAUGGUCAGCCCAAGGUGGUGCGGGUGCCAGGGCACGAGGACCAGGUCACCAUCCCCGGCCUGGAGCCAGACCACAAGUACAAGAUGAACCUGUAUGGCAUCCACAGUGGCCAGCGUGUGGGCCCCGUGUCUGUUGUCGGGAUGACGGCUGCAGAGGAAGAGACCCCCAGCCCCACAGAACCCAGCACAGAGGCCCCAGAGCCCCCUGAGGAGCCGCUCCUGGGAGACCUGACUGUCACAGCAUCGUCCCCAGACUCCCUGAGCCUCUCCUGGACCGUCCCCCAGGGAGACUUUGAUUCCUUCAGUGUCCAGUACAAGGACAGUGAUGGGCGGCCCCAGGUGGUGCGUGUUGGGGGCCAGGAGAGGGAGGCCAUCGUGAGAGACCUGGAGCCUGGGCGCAAAUACAAGAUGAACCUGUAUGGACUCCAUGAUGGCCAGCGUGUGGGCCCCAUGUCCACCGUGGGCGUGACGGAUCCAGAGGAGAAGACCAUGACCACACAGGCAGUGCCCACCACAACCCCUAAGAAACCCAGCCUGGGCGAGCUGACCGUGACAGACGCCACCCCUGACUCCCUGAGCCUCUCCUGGACAGUCCCCGAAGGACAGUUUGACCAAUUCGUGAUCCAGUACAAGAACGGGGAUGGGCAGCCCAAGGUGGUGCGGGUGCCAGGGCACGAGGACCAGGUCACCAUCCCCGGCCUGGAGCCAGACCACAAGUACAAGAUGAACCUGUAUGGCAUCCACAGUGGCCAGCGUGUGGGCCCCGUGUCUGUUGUCGGGGUGACAGCUGCAGAGGAAGAGACCCCCAGCCCCACAGAGCCCAGCACAGAGGCCCCAGAGCCCCCUGAGGAGCCGCUCCUGGGAGACCUGACUGUCACAGCAUCGUCCCCAGACUCCCUGAGCCUCUCCUGGACCGUCCCCCAGGGAGACUUUGACUCCUUCAGUGUCCAGUACAAGGACAGUGAUGGGCGGCCCCAGGUGGUGCGUGUUGGGGGCCAGGAGAGGGAGGCCAUCGUGAGAGACCUGGAGCCUGGGCGCAAAUACAAGAUGAACCUGUAUGGACUCCAUGAUGGUCAGCGUGUGGGCCCCGUGUCCACCGUGGGUGUGACCGAGGAGGAAGUUAUAACCACACAGCUGGUGCCCACCACAACUCCUGAGCCUCCUCCUAAGAAGCCACGUCUAGGAGAGCUGUCUGUCACAGACGCCACCCCUGACUCCCUGAGCCUCUCCUGGACAGUCCCUGAAGGACAAUUUGACCAGUUCGUGAUCCAGUACAAGAAUGGGGAUGGGCAGCCCAAGGUGGUGCGGGUGCCAGGGCACGAGGACCAGGUCACCAUCCCCGGCCUGGAGCCAGACCACAAGUACAAGAUGAACCUGUAUGGCAUCCACAGUGGCCAGCGUGUGGGCCCCGUGUCUGCUGUCGGGGUGACAGCUGCAGAGGAAGAGACCCCCAGCCCCACAGAGCCCAGCACAGAGGCCCCAGAGCCCCCUGAGGAGCCGCUCCUGGGAGACCUGACUGUCACAGCAUCGUCCCCAGACUCCCUGAGCCUCUCCUGGACCGUCCCCCAGGGAGACUUUGACUCCUUCAGUGUCCAGUACAAGGACAGUGAUGGGCGGCCCCAGGUGGUGCGUGUUGGGGGCCAGGAGAGGGAGGCCAUCGUGAGAGACCUGGAGCCUGGGCGCAAAUACAAGAUGAACCUGUAUGGACUCCAUGAUGGUCAGCGUGUGGGCCCCGUGUCCACUGUGGGUGUGACGGCGCCCCUGCCCACAGAGCCCCCCAUAGAGCCCCGUCUGGGGGACCUGGCUGUGGCAGAUGUGACUUCCAGUACUGUGCGCCUGUCUUGGACCGUGGCCCAGGGCCCCUUCGACUCCUUUCUCGUCCAGUACAAGGAUGCCCAGGGGCAGCCCCAGACGGUACCCGUGAGCAGAGACCUGAGUGAGGUCACCAUCUCAGGUUUGGACCCAGCCCGCAAGUACAAGUUUCUCCUCUUUGGACUCCAGGGUGGAAAGCGCCAUGGCCCUGUUUCCGUAGAUGCAAAAACAGACACAAAGCUUCUUCCUCGUCUUGGGGAGCUGACGGUGACAGACGUGACCCAGAACUCCGUGGGUCUCUCCUGGACUGUCCCCGAGGGCGAGUUCGACUCCUUCCUAGUCCAGUACAAGGACAGGGGAGGGCAGCUCCAGGUGGUGCCCGUGGCAGCAGACCAGCGUCAGGUCACCAUCCCUGGCCUGGAGCCCAAUAGGAAAUACAAGUUUCUUCUCUACGGCCUAGCAGGCCGCAAACGGCUGGGCCCUGCCUCUGUGGAGGGCACCACAGCCCCCCUGGAGAAGACGCCGCAGCCCCGCCUCGGCGAACUGACAGUGACAGGAGAGACCGCUGACUCUCUGCACCUCUCGUGGACAGUGGCCCAGGGCCCUUUUGACUCCUUCCUGGUCCAGUACAGAGACAGGGAUGGGCAGCCCCAAACAGUGGUCGUGGCUGCAGACCAGAACGAGGUCGUCAUAGAGGGUCUGCAGCCACGCCGGAAGUACAAGUUUCUGCUCUAUGGGCUGGCUGGAGGAAAGCGCCUGGGGCCUGUCUCUGCCCUCGGAGUGACAGCCCCAGAAGAGGACAUGUCAACCCCAAGCCCCACUGAAGCCCCUGAAGCCCCCCGCCUGGGGAUGCUGAGAGUGACGGACGCAACCCCAGAUUCCCUGCGCCUCUCCUGGGGUGUGGCCCGUGGCCCCUUUGACUCCUUUGUGGUCCAGUACCAAGACACAGAGGGACAGCCCCAAGCCCUGCUUGUUGAUGGACACCAGGACAAGGUCCUCAUCUCAGGCCUGGAGCCCAGCACCUCCUACAAGUUCUUCCUCUAUGGCCUCCGUGAAGAGAUGCGCCAUGGGCCUGUCUCUGCAGAGGGUACCACAGGUCCAGUUCCUGCUGGUCAGACCCCAGGGGUCCCGGGGCCCCGCCUGUCCCAGCUGUCAGUGACGGACAUGACCACUAGUUCUCUGCGGCUGAACUGGGAGGCCCCGCUUGGUUCCUUUGACACCUUCCUAAUACGCUUUGGGGUCCCCUCACCAAGCACCCUGGAGCCGCAUCUCCGUCCUCUGCUGCAGCGAGAGCUGAUGGUGCCGGGGACGCAGCGCUCAGCUGUGCUUCGGGACCUGCAUCCUGGGACCCUGUACAGCCUCACUCUGUAUGGGCUGCGUGGGCCGCACAAGGCGGACAGCAUUCAGGGCACUGCCCGCACCCUCAGCCCAGUUCUGGAGAGCCCCCGUGACCUACAAUUCAGUGAAAUUGGGGAAACAACAGCCAGAGUCAACUGGGUGCCGCCGCCAUCCAGGGUGGACAGCUUCAAAAUUUCCUACCAGCUCGCAGAUGGAGGAGAGCCACAAAGUGUAGUAGUGGACGGCCGGACCCAGACCCAGGUCCUCCAGGGCUUGAGCUCAGACACUCGCUACGAGGUGACUGUGGUCUCCGUCCGUGGCUUCGAGGAGAGUGAGCCUCUCACAGGCUUCCUCACGACAGUUCCCGAUGGCCCCACCCAGCUGCGUGCACUGAACUUGACUAAUGGAUCUGCUCUUCUGCACUGGAAACCCCCCCACAAACCCGUGGACGAGUACAACGUCCAGGUCGCAUCCCCCGGGGCCCCACCCCUGCAGGCCUCAGCACCCGGCAGCGCCGUGGACUACCCGCUGACAGACCUGGCGGUUGACACCAACUACACGGCCACCGUGCGUGGUCUCCGAGGCCCGAACUUCACCUCGCCAGCCAGCAUUACCUUCACCACAGGGCUGAAGCCCCCCCAGGACUUGGAGGCCAAGGAAGUGACCCCUCGCACGGCCCUGCUCACUUGGACUGAGCCCGAAGUCCCACCCACAGGCUACCUGCUCAGCUUUGACACCCCUGGAGGACAGAUUCAGGAAAUCCUGCUUCCAGCAGGAACCACCUCCCACCGGCUUCUCCGCCUCUUCCCUUCCACCUUCUACAGAGCCCAGCUGCGGGCUGUUUGGGGCGAGAGCCUCACGCCCCCUGUGUCCACCUCCUUUACUACAGGUGGGCUGCAGGUCCCCUUCCCCCGGGACUGUGGGGAGGAGAUGCAGAACGGGCCCAGCACCUCAAAGACCACCACCAUCUUCCUCAACGGCAACCGCGAGCGGCCUUUGGAUGUGUUCUGUGACAUGGAGACAGACGGGGGCGGCUGGCUGGUCUUCCAGCGCCGCAUGGACGGACAGACGGACUUCUGGAGAGACUGGGAGGAGUAUGCCCAUGGUUUUGGAAACAUCUCCAGGGAAUUCUGGCUGGGCAAUGAGGUCCUACACAGCCUGACGCAGGCUGGAGACUACUCCAUGCGUGUGGACCUGCGAGCUGGAAAGGAAGCUGUGUUCGCCCAGUAUGACUUCUUCCGCGUGGAUUCCGCAACGGAGAAUUACCGCCUGCACCUAGAGGGUUACCAUGGCACCGCAGGGGACUCUAUGAGCUACCACAGCGGCAGCGUCUUUUCCGCCCGUGAUCGGGACCCCAACAACUUGCUCAUCUCCUGCGCUGUCUCUUAUCGGGGGGCGUGGUGGUACAAGAACUGUCACUAUGCCAACCUCAACGGGCUCUACGGGAGCACAGUGGACCACCAGGGAGUGAGCUGGUACCACUGGAAGGGCUUCGAGUUUUCGGUGCCCUUCACGGAAAUGAAGCUGAGACCCAGAAACUUCCAGGCCCACGCCAGGGGCAGCUGAGCCUGUUUUUCCCACCUCGCUCAUACCCCAGUAUGACUGCCGAGCACUGAGGGGCCGUGCCAGAGAAGAGCCAGUAUGCCUCUACUGCCUAGCUCACCAAGGAGGCCUUCUCUACCACGAUCUCACAGCACCAUGUUUACAGGGGGGAGGGGAGGGGUUAGUAACGGAGCAAUAAAGGAGAAACUGAGGCAC